AUGGCACCUCUGCCCAUCAAGUUCACAGAAUUGGUCAAUUUGACCAAUGUCGGCAUUGCGCAAGCAUCUAUUGGCUUCACCUCAUGUACUCUCGAAUCGGAUCACUACGUCUGCGUUCGCCAGAAACUCGAUGAAGAUGAUAAGCCACAAGUCAUCAUUGUUGACUUGAAAAACAACAAUGAGGUCAUGCGGCGACCGAUCAAUGCGGACAGUGCUAUCAUGCACUGGAGCAAGAACAUCAUUGCCCUCAAGGCCCAGGGCCGAACGAUCCAGAUCUUCGACCUUGGAGCAAAGCAGAAGCUCAAGUCGGCUGUGAUGAACGAAGAUAUCGUCUACUGGAAGUGGUUCAGCGAGAAGUCCCUGGGUCUGGUUACCGACACCUCCGUUUACCACUGGGACGUUUACGAUGCUACCCAGCAGAACCCGGUGAAGAUGUUCGAUCGUCUUCCCAAUCUUUCGGGAUGUCAAAUCAUCAACUACCGAGUCAACUCCGAAGAAAAGUGGAUGGUCGUGGUCGGCAUCAGUCAACAACAGGGCCGUGUUGUGGGAUCAAUGCAACUUUAUUCCAAGGAGCGCGGCAUCUCACAGUUCAUUGAGGGCCAUGCCGCCGCCUUCGCCGACAUCAACGUCGAAGGCUCUGCCUUGCCCCAUCACCUCUUCACUUUCGCUGUCAGAACUCAGACCGGUGCCAAGCUCCAGAUUGCCGAGAUUGAUCACCAAGAACCGAACCCCCGAUUUCAGAAGAAGGCCGUCGAAGUAUACUUCCCCCAAGAGGCGGUCAAUGAUUUCCCCGUGGCAAUGCAGGUGUCUACCAAAUAUGAUGUGGUAUACCUCGUCACCAAAUACGGAUUUAUUCACCUCUACGAUCUCGAGACUGGUACUUGUAUCUUCAUGAACCGCAUUUCCAGUGAGACUAUCUUCACCACUGCGUCAGAUAAUGACGGUGCUGGCUUGGUCGGUGUCAACCGCAAGGGUCAGGUUCUGGCUGUCAGUGUUGACGAGAACACGAUCAUCGAUUAUUUGAUGAACAACCCCGCUAUGUCGUCUCUUGCAGUGAAGUUAGCUUCUCGGGCCGGACUCCCGGGAGCCGACCACCUUUACCAGCAGCAGUUUGAUACCCUCGUCAACUCAGGUAACUUUGCCGAGGCCGCUAAGGUUGCUGCGAACUCUCCACGAGGAUUCCUCCGCACCCCAGAGACCAUCAAUCGCUUCAAGAACGCUCCCCAGACUGGCCAAAUGUCUGUCAUUCUGCAGUACUUCGGUAUGCUGCUGGACAAGGGGUCCCUUAACCGAUACGAGAGUGUGGAGCUUGUACGGCCUGUACUGCAGCAGAACCGUAAGCAUUUGUUGGAGAAGUGGAUGCGCGAGAAUAAGUUGGAGUCUUCUGAGGAGCUUGGAGAUAUCAUUCGCCCAUACGACAUGAACCUCGCUCUUGGUGUCUAUCUCCAGGCUAAUGUUCCCAACAAGGUUGUCGCUGGUUUUGCUGAAACCGGUCAAUUCGAGAAGAUUCUUGCUUACUCUAAGCAAGUUGGCUAUCAGCCCGACUAUACCCAGCUCCUGCAGCACAUCGUGCGUGUUAACCCCGAGAAAGGCGCAGAGUUUGCCACGCAGCUUGCCAACGAGGAAUCUGGUGCUCUCGUCGACCUUGACCGAGUUGUCGAUGUCUUCCUGUCUCAAAACAUGAUCCAGCAAGCCACUUCCUUCCUCCUUGAUGCACUGAAGGACAACAAGCCCGAGCAUGGUGCUCUCCAGACUCGUCUCCUGGAGAUGAAUUUGGUGAAUGCGCCGCAGGUGGCGGAUGCCAUCCUUGGCAACGAGAUCUUCACCCACUACGAUCGCCCUCGUAUUGCCCAGCUGUGCGAGAAUGCCGGUCUCAUCCAGCGUGCUCUCGAAAACACCGAGGACUCUGCCGUGAUUAAGCGCAACAUUGUCAAGACUGACAAGCUAAGCCCUGAGUGGUUGAUGACCUACUUCGGCCGCUUGUCUGUAGAGCAGACUCUCGACUGCAUGGACACCAUGCUUGAGGCCAACAUUCGCCAGAACCUGCAGGCUGUUGUUCAGAUUGCCACUAAGUUCUCUGAUCUUCUUGGUUCCAACCGCCUCAUCGAUCUCUUCGAAAAGUACCGCACUGCUGAGGGUCUUUACUACUAUCUCGGCAGCAUUGUCAAUCUCAGCGAGGACUCGGAGGUGCAUUUCAAGUACAUCGAGGCCGCUACUGCUAUGGGCCAAGUGACUGAAGUCGAGCGUAUCUGUCGCGAGAGCAACUACUAUAACCCAGAGAAAGUGAAGAACUUCCUGAAGGAGGCGCAUCUGACUGAGCAGCUGCCUCUGAUUAUCGUCUGCGAUCGUUUCAACUUCAUUCACGAUCUGGUGCUGUACCUGUAUCAGAACCAGCAGUUUAAGUCCAUUGAAGUCUACGUACAGCGUGUCAACCCCUCCCGUGCUCCCGCUGUGGUUGGUGGUCUUCUGGAUGUUGACUGCGAGGAGAGUAUCAUUAAGAACCUCCUGUCUACCGUCGACCCAUCUGUUAUUCCCAUUGAUGAGCUCGUCUCUGAGGUUGAGAGCCGCAACCGCCUCAAGUUGCUUUUGCCCUUCCUCGAGGCUACUUUGGCUACCGGCAACCAGCAGCAGGCUGUUUACAACGCCCUUGCCAAGAUCUAUAUCGACAGCAACAACAACCCGGAGAAGUUCCUCAAGGAGAACGAUAUGUAUGAUACUUUGACUGUCGGCAAGUACUGUGAGAAGCGUGACCCCAACCUCGCCUAUAUUGCCUACAGCAAGGGCCAGAAUGACUUGGAGCUCAUCAGUAUCACCAAUGAGAACUCCAUGUACCGUGCUCAGGCUCGCUACCUGGUUGAGCGUGCGGACUCUGAGAUCUGGAACUUUGUCCUGAGCGAGAACAACAUGCACCGCCGCUCACUUGUCGACCAGGUUAUUGCCACCGCCGUUCCUGAGUCCACCGAGCCCGACAAGGUAUCUGUCGCUGUCAAGUGCUUCCUCGAGGCUGAUCUCCCUGGUGAGCUGAUUGAGCUGCUGGAGAAGAUCAUCCUCGAGCCCUCUCCCUUCAGCGACAAUGCUAGCUUGCAGAAUCUGCUCAUGUUGACCGCCGCCAAGGCCGACAAGGGUCGUUUGAUGGAUUAUAUUCACCAACUCAACGAGUUCUCUGCUGAUGAAAUUGCCGAAAUGUGCAUUGGAGUUGGUCUUUAUGAGGAGGCUUUCGAAAUCUUCAAGAAGGUCAACAACCAGCUUGCCGCUGUCAAUGUCCUCGUCGAGAACAUUGUUAGCAUUGAUCGCGCUCAGGAGUUUGCGGAACGUGUUGAGCUGUCGGAAGUCUGGAGCAAGGUCGCCAAGGCUCAGCUGGAUGGCCUUCGUGUGUCUGAUUCGAUUGAAUCCUACAUUCGUGCUGAGGACCCGUCCAACUACCUUGAAGUGAUUGAAACCGCGACCCAUGCUGGUAAAGACGAGGAUCUUGUUAAGUUCCUGCGCAUGGCUCGUAAGACUCUACGUGAGCCCGCCAUCGACACCGGCCUUGCCUUCUGCUUCGCUCGUCUGGAUCAGCUUGCCGAGCUUGAAGACUUCCUUCGAUCCACCAACGUUGCGGAUGUCGAGGCAUCCGGUGACAAGGCUUACGAGGAAGGCUACCACCAGGCCGCUAAGAUCUUCUUCACUAGUAUCUCCAACUGGGCCAAGCUGGCUACUACCUUAGUUCACCUAGAGGAAUACCAGGCUGCUGUGGAAUGUGCCCGCAAGGCCAACAGUGUUAAGGUCUGGAAGCAGGUCAACGAGGCCUGCGUUGACAAGAAGGAGUUUCGCCUUGCCCAAAUUUGUGGUCUAAACCUCAUUGUCCACGCCGAAGAGUUGCAGACCCUUGUCCGUCAGUAUGAGCGUAACGGUUACUUCGAUGAGCUCAUCGCUGUCCUCGAGGCCGGUCUUGGUCUGGAGCGUGCUCACAUGGGUAUGUUUACCGAGCUGGGCAUUGCUCUGUCCAAGUACCACCCCGAUCGUGUGAUGGAACACCUCAAGCUCUUCUGGUCUCGCAUCAACAUCCCCAAGAUGAUCCGUGCCUCUGAGGAGGCCAACCUUUGGCCCGAGCUGGUCUUCCUGUACUGCCACUACGAUGAGUGGGACAACGCUGCUCUGGCGAUGAUGGAGCGUGCGGCCGAUGCCUGGGAGCACCACUCCUUCAAGGACAUCAUUGUCAAAGUUGCCAAUUUGGAGAUUUACUACCGCGCACUCAACUUCUAUCUGCAGGAACAGCCUUUGCUCAUCACCGACCUGCUCCAAGCCCUUACUGCACGCAUUGACGUCAACCGCGUUGUGCGCAUCUUCCAGAGCUCCGACAACAUUCCUUUGAUUAAGCCUUUCUUGCUGAACGUUCAAACUCAGAACAAGCGGGCUGUCAACGAUGCCAUCAACGAGCUUCUGAUUGAGGAGGAGGACUAUAAGACCCUGCGUGACUCCGUGGACAACUAUGACAACUUUGAUGCCGUGGAACUCGCCCAGCGUUUGGAGAAGCACGACUUGAUCUUCUUCCGCCAGAUUGCCGCCAGCAUCUACCGUAAUAACAAGCGGUGGGAGAAGUCAAUUGCGCUUUCCAAGCAGGACAAGCUCUACAAGGAUGCCAUCGAGACUGCUGCCAUCUCUGCUAAGUCCGAGGUGGUGGAGGAUCUCCUUCGUUACUUCGUCGACAUUGGCAGCCGCGAGUGCUACGUGGGCAUGCUGUAUGCUUGCUACGACCUGAUCCGUCCGGACGUGAUCAUGGAGAUUUCCUGGCGCAAGGGCCUGCAUGACUUUACCAUGCCCUUCAUGAUCAACUUCCUCUGCGAGCAAACCCGCACCAUCGAGAUGCUCAAGAAGGACAACGAGGAGCGCAAGUCCCGCGAGAAGACGCAGAAGACCGAGGAGGACAACACUCCUAUCCUGGGUGGCUCACGAUUGAUGCUGACCCAGGGCCCCGCGCCUUCGGCCAGCCCGAUGCCGUACGGCCAGCAGGCCAAUGGUAUCACUCCUCAAGCCACCGGAUACCGUGCGUUCUAG